UGCUCUGUUUCGAAAAAAAAAGAGCUUGCCUGGUCAAACCAACUUCUCUUCUCUCUUACAAAAAAAAUUAAGUUCUUCCUCUUCUUUCACAUCAAGAACUCUUUCUAUAUCUUCUUGUUUCGUCUUUAACACCAAUAAAGAAUAGCUUCACCUUGGAUCAUUUCUGAAGGAAAUGGAUAGCGAGGUAUCAAGAACCGGGGAGAUAACAAAAGAUUCGGAGCAGACUGAUUUACCACCUGGCUUUAGAUUUCACCCAACAGAUGAAGAACUCAUAAGUUACUAUCUGAGACCAAAGGUUCUAAACACCUUCUUCUCCGCUAUAGCCAUUGGUGAAGUUGAUCUCAAUAAGGUUGAACCAUGGGACAUACCAUGGAAGGCUAAGAUUGAGGAAAAAGAGUGGUACUUCUUCUGCUUAAGAGAUCGGAAAUACCCGACCGGUUUAAGGACGAACCGGGCUACUAAGGCCGGUUAUUGGAAAGCUACAGGCAAAGACAAAGAGAUCUUCAAAGAAAAAUCUCUUGUUGGUAUGAAGAAAACUUUGGUUUUCUACAAAGGAAGAGCUCCUAAAGGAGUAAAAACCAAUUGGGUCAUGCAUGAAUAUCGCCUAGAAGGCAAAUAUGCAAUCGACAAUAAUCAUAAAACUGCUAAGAACGAAUGGGUUAUUAGUAGAAUUUUCCAGAAACAAGCAGAUGGUAAGAAGAUGCAUAUCUCCAGUUUAAUGAAGCUCGGUUCAGGGAUCAACCAAUUUGAACCGGUCGGUUUACCUCCCCUGAUGGAUUCUUCUCCAUACCUCAAGAGCGGAGGAGGAGACACUUUCGCCUGGUCGUUGUCUCACGUGCCAUGCUUCUCCGACCAAACAACCGAGGACAAGAGUCACCUCUCCGAGUCAAGAGAUGAAUGUAACUUUACCAUGUUUGGUUCUUCAUCGACUCACUUGUUGAUACCGAACAUUGGUUCUAUACUACACUCUGAUCCUGUGUUUAUGCAAGAUAAUUCUUCGAUAUUGAAGAUGUUGCGUGACAGUGAAGAAACACCGUUUAAGAAAGAUCUCCAGGAUUUCAGUACAUCGGAGAACGAAUUAACCGCGAGUUCUUGGCACGGUCACGAUAUUUCUGGUUCAGCAGCUCCGGUUGAGAUGGAUUGCUUUUGGAAUUUCUGAAUUUGGAAAGUGUAACAUAUCAAAAUUGGGGUGUAUAUAUGGGGAAAACAAUUAUAGGGUUUUUUUUUUUUGAUCAA